GUCAUUCAUGCACACACUCACACAUCGGACUCCGUGCGACUCGGUCGUGUCGUGUUGACCCGCGCGCCUGUUUACAUUCUGUACACAGUGACUUCACGGCGAACACCCGUGUCAGUGAUUUAAUUUAUUAUUUACAAUAGCUAGCUGUUAGAUAGUUCACUCAACAUGGCCAACAACAGGGCUGCCAAGUCAGGAUUUGCCGCCGAAGCGCAGAGAAAGAUUAACAGCAAAUACAGCGAGGAGCUUGCGCAGGAGUGCCUAGAAUGGAUCAACUCGAUCAUCGGCGAGCCCACCAACACUUCGGGAGAUAUGGACAACUUCUACGAAGUGCUCAAAGACGGCACCAUUCUGUGCAAGCUCGUAAACGACAUUCAGCCUAAUAUGGUGAAGAAAGUGAACGUAUCAAAGAUGGCGUUCAAAUGUAUGGAGAACAUCAACGCUUUCCUAGAAGCGGCUAAAACGCUGGGCGUGCCCGCGCAAGAAACAUUCCAGACUGUUGACCUGUGGGAGAGACAGAACCUCAACUCCGUUGUUAUCUGCCUCCAGUCACUUGGCAGAAAGGCCGGUAACUACGGCAAGCCUUCAAUAGGACCCAAGGAAUCUGAAAAGAACGUACGCAACUUCUCCGAAGAGCAGCUGAGAGCCGGUCAGGGUGUCAUUUCUCUGCAGUACGGGUCCAACAAGGGCGCCACCCAGAGCGGUAUCAACUUCGGCAACACGAGGCACAUGUAAACCGCAGACUGUAAAGGCAACACCACACGCCACAUCUCCUCACGCGCGCAUGACAGUUUGACGAAAGUUCGGUCAUUCGUCGCGUGGGGUGUCAUCGUGUUUUUGCCAACAACCUGAAUGUACACUCGAAAUGUUCGACAGGGAUGAUUCUCAUCAAUUUUUACGAAUAUUUAUAAUAAUCUAUAAGAAUUUGUCGUCUAUACCUUAAUGUAGUCUAUUGAACUGUAAUGGGAAAAUACGCACAGUGUGUUAACUCGACAAGUUUAUAGAAAAAAAUAUUCCUGUUAAAACAGUUCACGUUGUAUUUUAAACAUUUUUGACACGUAUUCUUGAUGAUAAUCAUCCCUGAAUAUACACAAAAUAAUAAAUUAUGCAUAGUGCAGUACUUAUUAGAUUCAAAUGACUUAUUGUUAGAAUAGGAAAGGACCAUUCCUUGUAAAAUAUCUCUUUUUGAAUCUCCAUUUUGGCUAAUAAUCUGUCAACAUUAGGGUUCAGUUAUCUUGUUAGGGAUAAUGCAAUUUCGGUAUAAAUAGCUCAUUUAUAACUUUUUGAGAGUUAUCACUAUUUAAUAGUUUAAUUUGAGCAGAAAGUAUUGAAAUUGAUUAUUUUUCGCUAGCCCGAGAUCUGACCAAUGUUACAGUCAUAGAAAAGCAUUUACGUGACAAAAUCAUUCCGUAACCAUUCCAUAAUGUUGUGCAGUUUGAAGUACUUUAAUUUAUACAUACUUGAUAAGUUUAAGUCAGCUAGCAUUUGAUAUUAACCUGUUGUUUUAAUAAGAUUAUAAACUUUUCGGUUUUGCUUCUAAAAUGUUAUGAAUGUGCCAAUGUUGUCAUUCACGAUGUUUUUUUAUAAUAAAUGUUAUUAAACAGUACAAUUAUUAGAAUUACAAAUUCUUUUAUAGUAAUACUUGUGCCUUCUGACUCCGAAGGGGUUGAGAUAUAUUUUAAAGGUGUCUAACAAAAUAUGUAUAAUCGCUUUUGACUUAUCAGGGUUUCCUUCUAAUUCGUUUAUUGAGUAUUUAUUGAAAAAUUAAUCAUUCCAUUAUAUGUAUGUCUAGAAUGUUAGUACACACUGUGAUUAAUGAUUUUAUAUUACAUUCUAUACUAUAUUUUCAUAUAGUUACGUAUAUAUUUGAUGAUGACGUGUAAUUCUAGUUGUGUAAGUUUCGUAAAGUAUUUACUAUGCUUUAUGGAAGUACGUAGAAUAAUAAAAUUUAAGUAAACUAAA